AAAGCUUUAUUUAUUUUUUGAUUUUUUCAAUGGUUUCAGGACUUUACUCGUGGUUUUCCUCCAUGUUCACUGCUUUCUGCUUCAUGUUCUUCGCUUUUACACUCUUGUUGUCUUUGUUUUCGGUGGUGAUCUUUGUUUUGAGGUUGAAGCUCGCGUGUAAGUGCGAAAUCUGUCACGCUUAUCUCACUUCAAGCUGGACCAAAGAAUUCGAUAAUCUUUGUGAUUGGUUCACUCACCUUCUUGAAAAAUCUGCAACUGGGACCAUCCAUAUCCAUGUUCUCGGCAACACCAUCACUGCCAACCCUGAAAACGUCGAGCACAUCCUCAAAACAAGAUUUGAAAACUACCCGAAAGGGAAGCCUUUCGCUGCUAUCCUCGGUGAUCUUCUGGGUAAAGGUAUUUUCAACGUCGAUGGUGAUUCAUGGAAGUUUCAAAGGAAAAUGGCCAGCCUUGAGCUUGGCAGCAUUUCCAUAAGAAGGCACGGGUUUGAUAUCGUCAGCUCAGAGAUUCAAUCCAGGCUUCUCCCUCUUUUAUCAUCGGUUUCUGGUAAACAGCAAGUUUUAGAUUUACAAGACGUGUUUCGAAGAUUCUCGUUCGAUAAUAUCUGCAAAUUCUCCUUCGGGUUAGACCCUGGUUGCCUCGAGUUAUCAUUGCCCGUUUCGGAGUUCGCUGAAGCUUUCGAUUUAGCGUCUAGAUUAUCGGCACAAAGAGGGCGGGCAUCCUCGCCUUUGAUAUGGAAACUCAAAAGGUUACUGAAUUUGGGUACGGAAAAACAACUUAAACAAGCCAUUAAAUUGGUGGAUGAGUUGGCUCAAAAGAUGAUUAACCAAAGGCGCGAAAAGGGUUUUUCAGACCGUAAUGAUCUUUUGUCGAGAUUCAUGGGAACAAUCAAUGACGACAAGUAUCUAAGGGACAUUGUUGUAAGUUUCCUCUUGGCUGGUCGGGACACAGUGGCCUCGGGUUUAACGAGCUUCUUCUGGUUAUUAUCUCAACAUCCAGAAGUUGAGUCAGCCAUUCGAGAGGAGCUCGAAAGGGUCGUGAGAUCGAGCGAUGGUCGACAACAAAUUGCAAGUUACGAUCAAAUGCGAGACAUGCACUAUUUACAUGCAGCAUUGUGUGAAAGCUUGAGAUUGUUUCCACCAAUCCAAUUCGACUCAAAGUUUGCUCUUGAAGACGACAUUUUGCCUGACUGUACCUUCGUGAGGAAAGGGACAAGGGUGACCUACCAUCCAUAUGCAAUGGGUCGGAUGGAGCGGGUUUGGGGCCCGGAUUGUCUUGAAUACAAACCGGGUCGAUGGUUGAAAGACGGUAGAUAUGUUCCUGAAAACCCGUUCAAGUACCCAGUUUUUCAAGCCGGGCAGAGGGUUUGUUUGGGGAAGGAAAUGGCUUUGGUGGAGAUGAAAUGCGUGGUUCUAGCCAUUAUCAGUCGUUUCAACAUUCGGGUUCCCAAUCCGAAACAAACACCAAGGUUUGCCCCCGGUCUCACCGCCAACGUCAGAGGUGGCCUACCGGUUCUAGUCCAAGAAAAGGCCAUAGUUUCAUAAAUGUAUUUUUUAGUAUAUUAGUUACAUAAGUAAUCUAUAUUAGAACCAUGUAAAUCUUUAUUAUCAUCGAAAAAAAUGAAAUCAUAGGAUAAUAAUCAUAAUAUUGCAUUAUAUAUUUUAAAA